GUGUUACCACAGGCCUCAGUUACCACAGUCACUACAGUCACCACAGGCCGCAGUGUUUGGAGCGGGCUGUGAUAGCGCGGCUUUAAAACAAGGACAACAUCAAUAUCCAAACGUUCCAUUCGGGGACGUUUCAGGCCGUAAAGUUCUUUUAAUCUGGAGGACGAAGGAGCUCUUUAUGGCGCUGUAAAUUCCAUGCAGCCUCUCCUGCUCGCUGCCUGUUCUCCCCGUAUCAAUCAUAUACCUCGCAGAAGAAAUCAUGACAUCUGUCAAAGAGCAGGAGGCCAUCAAGAAGCUCAUGGUUUUCCUGCAAGAAUGGGACAAUGCUCGCAGAGUUGCUCGAAACCACAUCCUGGACAACUUCAUUAGAAGCAAUAAUGGCAAGACAGAACCAGAGCUGGAGCUGGAGUUCUCCCAGGGAGCCAGCUUGUUUCUGGCUCGCCUGGCAGCGUGGCUGAGGUUGACCUACAUGCACAGCACGUGCAUCAGCAAGCUGCUCAAGUCCAUCGGUGUCUUUUUAUCUGCUGCAAGUGGGCGCAGAUACGUUAUUGAAUUUCUGGAGCUCGGAGGUGUCUUGAUGCUCCUGGAAAUACUAGGGCUGAACCACCUGAAAGAGGAGGACAAAAAGGAGGCUGUAAAGCUGCUUCAGCUGAUCGCAGACGCCGGCAGGAAGUACAAGGAGCUCAUCUGUGAAAGCUAUGGUGUGCAGUCCCUUGCUAAGCUGCUGGCCACCAGCAGCUCGGCAGAGGUUCAGGACGAGGUGCAGAUCUUGCUGGACUCUCUGGGCCGCGGCAACCCCAAGUACCAGAACCAAGUGUACAGCGGGCUGCUGGCAGUGCUGCCCUGCGGCUCUCCCCACGGCCAGCAGCUGGCUCUGCAGACACUGCGCAGCAUGCAAGACGUGCUGGGAGAGGCUCCCCCGGCUGUAGUGACCCCGCUGCUGGCAGUGCUGGGCUCGGCGCACCCCGCCGUGCACUACGAAGCCGUCCAGCUGCUGCUCACCCUCGUGUCCCGCCGCGCUCCCCCCGCCCUGCUGCCCGGCCUGGUGGCCCUGCUGACUGCGCCCGGGACGGAGCCACGUGCUGAAGACCCAGCGCUGUGCCCGACGGAGCAGACACCGGCCCAUAUCCAGCAGGCUGCUGCUGCUAAAGCUGUCGGCAUAUUAGCCAAGGAGUCAGCAGAAGUGGCUGAAGAGCUGAUCCAGCUGAAAGUGGUGCAUGGCCUGAUGGUUGCAGUGGGGAACCUGGAUUAUCCACUCAGCCAGAGAAACGCCAGCAUCUCCCUGGAGUAUUUUGUUCGUACAUAUCCCUUUGUGGAGGAAUGUGUAAGGAAGGCAGUAGGACACACACUGUUCCAGCUCUUUAAGGACUGCCCUGAGACCUGGUACACAAAAAUAGAUCGAGUCCAGGCUGAAGAAUUGGCCUCCAAUCUAGUGGACAGCCCAGAAGACAUGGCAUAGAUGCGAACUGCAGAAGAUAUCAUCCCUACAGUGAAUUAAACACAUAAGAUGCACCCAGCAGCAUCACUUAUGUCCUCCCCUAUCCUUGCUCUGUACCUGCUCACCUCCAGAGAACAAGUUGUAUGGGGCUGUCUGGACUAGACCACACACCAGGGUCAUGGAUCCCAACUUCCUACAGCUGAGCUGGUAGCAGUUUUACCCUUCUGUCUCAAACACAGGUUUUGAUGGACUGCUGAACACAGCUUUUCAUGUAGCACAUUGACUGUUUCCCCCUGAGCCCACAGAAUACGCAUAUGAAAUAACAUCCUGGGCCACUACUGAAGCCUGACCACACUAUUGAAGUGAGAGGGAGUGACAGGGUUUUACCUGCCUGCUGCUAAAAAGAGCUGAUCCACUCACUGAAACACAUUGAGCUUUACUGAAGUAGAGGAGGCUUGUUUAGAGUGUGCUUGUUUUCCCCUUUUGCUUGGCAAGUUCUACACCACAGGAUCUCAAUUAAAAGAGAAGAUUUAUUUUAAAUUAGUUUUAUGCAAACAUUACAAGUGUAAAGACUUCAAAAAUAAAACUACUCCAAAAAAAAUGAGGGUACCUCUGCAGCACCAGACAGUCUUCAGGGUCUGUUAAGACUAGCAAAAAUCAGCAAGAAAUGUUGUAAGAUUGAAGUUAAUUAAAUACAAGAACAUUUA